CCCCUGGCACAGACGCGCACUUAGUACGGACCUGUACGGUUGCUCGUGCGAUGACGCCUCCUCGGCGUUAGCGGUUUAAUUUAGCUCCGAUAUUUUUCCUGCUCGCUGUAUGUUUUCACCUCCGAUGUAGCGCGUGUUUUUCUUUUAAGCUGGUGCAGUAAACUUGUUUCCUUGCCAGCUUAGUCUGGAUUUAAUGGCCGUUUUUUUCCGCUUUCUCCCUCGUGCCGCUUCUUCUCUGUGUUCACUGCAUAUAGAUGAAUUUGAUGCCUCUUGUUUCCUCCAGUAACCCAUGUCUAUGUGCAUCCCGCCUCCCUGCGCUCUCAAUAGAUGGUGCAAGUCAAAAUGUCCAAAUCACCCGUAGACCCUCUGUCUGUUGUGGAAACCGGCUCUCAGUCGCAUUAUUUCCAGCUGCCCAGGAAGUUGCCUAAACGCAAAAGCCGCUUCAAACGUUCUGAUGGCAGCACAUCUUCUGACACCACAUCCAGCUUUAUCAAACGGCAGGGGUCAGCUGAUUCGUAUACCAGUAGACCAUCGGAUUCAGACCUGUCAGCCGAGGAGGACCGCGAGGCGUAUCGGCGUGAAGCCGAACGCCAGGCACAACAGCAGCUUGACAGAGCUAAGUCCAAACCGGUAGCCUUUGCAGUAAAGACAAAUGUGAGUUACUGUGGAGCUCUGGAUGAGGACUGUCCUAUCCAAGGAGCUGCAGUCAAUUUAGAUGCCAAAGAUUUCCUGCACAUCAAAGAAAAGUACAACAAUGACUGGUGGAUCGGCCGGUUAGUAAAAGAGGGCGCAGACAUCACCUUCAUUCCCAGUCCUCUUCGACUGGAAGCUAUGAGACUCAAACAGGAGCAGAAACAGAGGAAAACAGGAGGCAACUCCUCCAGUUUGGGUGACAUGGUGACUGGGAGUUGGAGGACCACACCGCCAUCUGCAGGUGAAUCUAAACAGAAGCAAAAACAGGAGCAUGUCCCUCCAUAUGAUGUGGUGCCCUCUAUGAGGCCGGUGGUCCUCGUGGGACCAUCUCUGAAGGGCUAUGAGGUAACAGACAUGAUGCAGAAAGCUCUUUUUGACUUCCUAAAACACAGGUUUGAGGGAAGAAUCUCGAUCACCCGUGUAACUGCCGACCUGUCCUUAGCCAAGAGAUCGGUCCUCAAUAAAAGGCCCAUAAUGGAGAGAUCCAACACCCGCUCCAGCCUUGCGGAGGUUCAGAGUGAGAUUGAGAGGAUAUUUGAGCUCGCCAAAACCCUGCAGCUGGUGGUUCUAGAUGCAGACACCAUUAACCAUCCUGCACAGCUUGCCAAAACCUCCCUCGCUCCCAUCAUAGUCUAUGUUAAAGUUUCCUCACCAAAGGUGCUGCAGAGGCUUAUAAAGUCCAGGGGGAAGUCUCAGAGCAAGCACCUGAAUGUGCAGAUGAUGGCUUCAGACAAACUUUCUCAGUGUCCCCCUGAUAUGUUUGAUGUCAUUUUGGAUGAGAACCAGCUGGAAGAUGCUUGUGAACAUUUGGCCGAAUACCUAGAGGUCUACUGGCGUGCCACACACCUCCCAGGAAACACUCCUCUUAACCCCUUACUGGAUCAGAGUCUGAUGACCCCACCGUCUGCCAUCUCCAGUCUACAGAACAAGAACCAGGCGCAGCCUCAUGAGGCCGUGGGCUUGGAGGGUGAUGAGGAGGAGGAGGCCGGCGAGGAGGCCCACUCCCCCUUGGAGCAGGACAGUCUCAUGCCAUCUGACGAGGCCAGUGACUCCCUGUCCCGUGGUCGUAGAGGGAGCCCAUGCCAGAGAGGGGCUGAGGAGGAUGAAGAGGAGGAGGAGGAAGAAGAGGAGGAAGAGGAUGAGUACACUUCCCCUUGCCAUGCUCGCACGUACAGGGACGUAUACCCCUCUCACCGAGGGCACGCAGGCAGUAGCCACAGUGCUAACGGGCAUGAGUCACAGGACAGGCUGCUCCAGCGCGACACUCAGCAAGGUCACAACCAGAGGAACAACCGCCAGCGGAACCGCCACUGGCCCCGAGACACCUACUGAAUCACGGGCCCCUCCCAGCCGCCAGGUCACCAUCAUGUCCCCUCUUUCCCAAAGCCCUUCAACUGAUGCACUGUCCCAAAUACACCAUCUACAGUAAAAAACAAUAAAUAAAUAAAAAAAAAAAAAACUUUCACAAAUUCAGCUCCAGAUUUUAAU